UUGUCCUGACUGUGUCCAUCCUUUAUAUCCAGUCUGUGUAAAUAUGAAGCCUCCUGCUCACAGAUGGUCAUUGACUAUGUUGAUGACAGCCGUGAUUUUGGAUCCUCCAUUAUCACAUCGUGUCCUCCUCACGCUCAGCAUGGAGCAGCUCCAUCUGUUGAUGAAGGUCAUGUGAUGCAGAUCCUCCCAGCAGCCAAUAAACAGGUGACACGUCACGCUGGUCGUUAGAUUUAGUGUCGGUGUCAUGCUGAACAUUUUCAAUAAAUCACUGAAAAACGGACAGACGGACGUGAACGCGACGGGAUUUCCGACGCUCGUGCCCGUGCUCCUGUGGCUGUCGUUCCCUCUCCUCCGCUUGUGAACGCGCGGGACGCUGGGAGCGAGCGUCAGUGAUCCAAGGACAGAGCAGAGGGGCUCGUGAGCAUCAGGUCACCUGGAAUUCCGCGAGCGCACCGAAACGGAGGAGACCCGGACCCGGAGCAACAGCACCGAUCCCGGGAGAACCGGGCUGUCCGUGACGGUCCGACCCGGACCCCAGCGAUCUCGGUGUCACGGGGCUCCAGCGGCUCUCUGUCAUAAACAGCAGCAGACUCAGACCCACGGACACACCGAACCGGGCCCACGGAAACACGGAAGGACAAAACAGAAAUCAACAGGAGGCCGAGUAACGGAUCCAGAACCGCAGGACCGGAUCAUGGAGCUGCGCGGCGUGCUGCUCCUGGCCGUGCUGCAGUGCUGCUCGGUGGCGCUGUGCGGCUGCGAGCCGCGGCUGGUGAAUGUGGGCGCCGUGCUGAGUCAGAAGCGAUACGAGCAGGUGUUCAAGGAGGCGGUGAGUCAGGCCAACGCUCUGUACGGGAAGGACAAGUUCAAGAUGAACGCCAUCUCCGUCACGCACAAGGCCAACGCCAUCCAGAUGGCACUCUCCGUCUGCGAGGACCUCAUCUCCAACCAGGUGUACGCCAUUCUGGUCAGCCAUCCUCCACAGUCCAACGACCACCUGACUCCAACGCCUGUCUCCUACACCGCCGGUUUCUACCGAAUCCCCGUGGUCGGCCUGACGACACGCAUGUCCAUCUACUCUGAUAAGAGCAUCCACCUGUCGUUCCUGAGGACGGUGCCUCCAUACUCUCACCAGGCACAGGUGUGGUUCGACCUGAUGAGGGAGUUCAGGUGGAAUCACAUCAUUCUGAUCGUGAGCGACGACCACGAGGGCCGAGCCGCCCAGAAGAGACUGGAGACCCUGCUGGAGGAGCGUGAGACCAAGACUAAAAACAGGAACUAUGAAAACCUCGACCAACAGAACUUUGACUUCAGGAGAACACCCAAGGCUGAGAAGGUGCUGCUGUUCAGCCAGGACACCAACAUUACCGCCCUGCUGCUGGAGGCGAAAGACCUGGAGGCCCGAGUCAUCAUCCUCUCUGCCAGUGAAGACGAAGCUGCGCUCGUGUACAAAGCCGCCCGGCAGCUCAACAUGACCGGCUCCGGUUACGUCUGGCUGGUUGGAGAGCGGGAGAUGACCGGCAAAGCUCUGAGUGAAGCUCCAGACGGCCUGCUGGGCCUCCAGCUGAUUAACGGUAAGAACGAGUCGGCGCACAUCGCGGACGCCGUGGCCGUGGUGGCGCAGUCUCUGCAGGAGCUGUUUGAGAAGGAGAACAUCACUGAACCUCCACGGGGUUGCGUGGGAAACACCAACAUCUGGAGGACCGGGCCACUCUUUAAACGCUGCGUAACCCAUCAGAUAAGUUCAUCUACGCCACAGUGAAGCAGAGCUCGGUGGAUAUCUACUUCAGAAGGCAGGUGGAGCUCAGCACCAUGUACCGGCACAUGGAGAAGCACAACUACGAGAGCGCCGCCGAGGCCAUCCAGGCUGUGCGAGACAAUAAGCUUCACGCCUUCAUCUGGGACAGCGCCGUGCUGGAGUUUGAGGCGUCGCAGAAGUGCGAUCUGGUGACGACAGGAGAGCUGUUCUUCCGCUCCGGAUUUGGGAUCGGAAUGAGGAAGGACAGCCCGUGGAAACAGAACGUGUCUCUGGCUAUUCUCAGUUCUCAUGAGAACGGCUUCAUGGAGGAUCUCGACAAGACGUGGGUUCGAUACCAGGAGUGCGACUCCAGGAGCAACGCCCCGGCCACCCUCACUUUCGAGAACAUGGCAGGUGUGUUCAUGCUGGUUGCUGGAGGCAUCGUGGCUGGGAUCUUCCUCAUCUUCAUCGAGAUCGCCUACAAACGGCACAAAGACGCCCGCAGGAAACAGAUGCAGCUCGCCUUUGCUGCCGUCAAUGUGUGGAGGAAGAACCUGCAGGAUAGGAAAAGUGGUAGAGCAGAGCCCGAGCCCAAACUGAAAACCUCUUUUAGGUCCAUCACCUCGACCUCCGACCUCAAACGCCGUAGGGCCUCCGGGGAUGCCACGCCGUACCCGACCGACAUCACCGGCCAGCUCAACCUAUCAGAUCCCUCCGUCAGCACCGUGGUCUGAGAGAGCGAGCGAGCUUCACUGCUGCUGCUGAGCCACACAGACACACACUGACCCUCUGGAUACACAAACACACACGCACACACACACACAGAUGGACAGGAAGGACGAUGUAAUGACAGCAGGGCUUUUGGACGGUAUCCCAUAGUGACACACACACACACACACACACACACACACACACACACACACACACACGCUUACCUUUAUUCCUUAUGGAGUGGGGACUGAAAAACUGAUCUGGAACCUUAAUGCUGACACUGAACACUUUAAAGCAUGUCCCCACAAUGCAGAAAUGUCCCCACAAUGCAGAAAUGUCCCCACACUGUAGAAAUGUCCCCAUGCUGUAGAAAUGUCCCCAUAAUGCAGAAAUGUCCCCA